CGCCGCCGCCGCCGCCCCGCCUGCGCCUUGCCGGCUGACACCCGACGCCCGUCGCCUCGCCCAGACUGCUGGCGGCCUACUCUGUUCAAAAAUACUGCAUUCGUCAUAACUGCCUAUGGACUCCACCAUCGAGGGCGUGAGACAACCGCCAGCUAGGGCAGGGAGCCGCCUCUGCACACGCUGCGGUGAGCGGAAGGCCGCCCUCAAGCGUCCCAAAACUCUAGAGCAGAUAUGUAGGGAAUGCUUCUACAUUGUCUUUGAGGAUGAGAUCCAUCAAACAAUUGUUGACAAUAAUUUGUUUAAACUUGGUGAUCGUGUGGCCAUUGGAGCUUCUGGUGGAAAAGAUUCAACCGUGCUUGCAUAUGUACUAUCAGAGUUAAACCGCCGCCACAAAUAUUGCCUUGAUUUGUUCCUUUUAUCUGUGGAUGAAGGAAUUACAGGCUAUAGAGAUGACUCACUAGAAACUGUUAAAAGGAACGAAAUACAGUAUGGCCUGCCAUUGAAAAUAGUUUCCUACAAGGACCUGUAUGGCUGGACAAUGGAUGAUAUUGUGAAAGCAAUUGGUUUAAAAAAUAAUUGUACUUUCUGUGGUGUUUUUCGACGUCAGGCACUGGACCGAGGCGCUGCUCUCUUGAAAGUCGACAAGAUUGUAACUGGGCAUAACGCAGAUGACAUUGCAGAGACUGUGCUAUUGAAUAUCUUACGCGGUGAUAUUGCACGGUUAAGUAGAUGUACCUUUAUAACUACUGGUGAAGAUGGGCCAAUCCCAAGAUGCAAGCCUUUCAAAUACACCUAUGAGAAAGAGAUUGUUAUGUAUGCAUAUUUCAAAAAGUUGGACUACUUCUCCACAGAAUGUAUAUAUUCGCCAAAUGCAUAUCGUGGAUUUGCUCGAGAAUUUAUUAAAGAUCUGGAAAGGAUGAGACCUAGAGCUAUAUUGGACAUCAUAAAAUCUGGUGAGAACUUUAGGAUCUCCACAACGACAAGGAUGCCAGAGCAAGGAACAUGUGAGCUUUGUGGCUACAUUUCUAGUCAGAAAUUAUGCAAAGCAUGUGUCUUGCUGGACGGUUUGAAUCGAGGCUUGCCAAAACUAGGCAUAGGGAGGACCAAAGGCGUAGCUGGAGGUGAUGGUGAUAGUGACAGUGACCAGCAAGCCAAACGAUCGGGGAGGAGCAGAUCGAGUUUGCAAGGAAAACAUGGGAAUGUCGAGUUCUAGACAUUAUCAACUGUAGUUUUGCUCAAAGGCUGUUGAUUUUCUUACCAAGUAGGAGUAAUUGGUGGUUUACGACACCUAGGAUCAUUUGACAUGAUUCAGCUGUACAAUCUGACUUUUUAUGAUCGUGAGAUGGGUUGCUAAACUGUGAGCAGCCUGAUUUUACAGCAUCUGUACUGUACAUGAUUAGCAAAUACAAGCACCGUUGCCAGUUGACAAAAUGCCCGGCAGAGUAUUGCUGCUACAUUAGCCGUUUGUAAUUUAUACUCCGUAUUUGAAACCAAAUG